UGGUGUCCCCGUGAUCACCAGCUGAGCAUGUCGCCCAAAAUAGCCCCCGCUGGCCCUCCUCCUGCCCGUGAUGGCCGCUGCCUCCGCCUUGGACUUGGGUGCGCCCUGGGGCCUCGUGCGCCCCGAGCCCGCGCCCACCCGCUUCCACCCGGUGCACGGUGCCCACAUCCGCGUGGACGCCUCCGGGACGCGGGCCACCCGCGUGGAGAGCUUCGCCCACGGCGUGUGCUUCAGUCGCGAGCCGCUGGCCCCGGGCCAGGUGUUCCUGGUGGAGAUUGAGGAUAAGGAGCUGGGCUGGUGCGGACACCUGCGCCUGGGCCUGACGGCGCUCGACCCCGCCAGCCUGCCUGCCGUGCCCGAGUUCUCGCUGCCCGACCUGGUCAGCCUCGGCCACACCUGGGUCUUCGCCAUCACGCGCCACCACAACCGCGUGCCUCCCGAGGGCCACCCGGAGGCGGAGGCCUUGCUUCCCCGCCGGCCCCCGGCCCUCCUGGAGGAGCCCUACCUGUGCAUUGAGCAGUUCCGCAUUCCCCGGGACCGCCUGGUGGGCCGCAGCCGGCCGGGGCUCUACAGUCACCUACUGGACCAGCUCUACGAGCUGAACGUGCUGCCCCCGACCGCGCGCCGCAGCCGCCUGGGCGUGCUGUUCUGCCCGCGUCCUGACAGCACCGCCGACAUGCACAUCGUCAUUAACGGCGAGGACAUGGGCCCCAGCGCCCGGGGCUUGCCAGCAGCGCAGCCCCUCUACGCCGUGGUGGACGUAUUCGCCUCCACCAAGAGCGUGCGCCUGAUCCAGCUCGAGUAUGGCUUGCCCUCCCUGCAGACUCUGUGCCGCCUGCUGAUCCAAAGGAGCGUCGUGCACCGGCUGGCCAUUGACAGGCUCCACCUGCCCAGGGGCCUGAAGGAUUUCUGCAAGAAUGAGUGAUGGCCGGCAGCGGCCGGUGCUGUGUGGAGGCUGGCUGGCCAGAAAUAAACACCGAAAUAAAAUGCUCA